CGACCUCCGACCGGACAAUUUUCAUUCAAUGCGAUCGCACUUCUUUCAUUCAUCACCAUGGCCUCCACGAUGAAAGCACUCAACUAUCUCGGCCCUUACAAGGUGCGCGUGGAAGACGUCGACAGGCCGAAGCUGGAACACCCCGAUGACGUCAUUGUCAAAGUCACCACGGCUGCAAUCUGCGGAUCAGACCUGCACAUGUACGAAGGGCGCACGGCGGCAGAACCCGGGAUUACAUUUGGCCACGAAAACAUGGGUAUUGUGGAGGAACUGGGAGAAGGAGUGACAUUGUUGAAGAAGGGAGACCGCGUGGUGAUGCCAUUCAAUGUGGCCGAUGGCAGAUGCCGCAACUGCGAGCAGGGCUAUACUGCCUUUUGCACAGGGGUCAACCCCGGUUUUGCUGGUGGCGCUUAUGGAUAUGUUGCCAUGGGCCCGUAUCGAGGAGGCCAGGCCCAGUAUAUCCGUGUUCCAUAUGCCGACUUCAAUGCGCUUCUACUACCCCCGGGAACGGAGCAUGAGGCCGACUUUGUUCUUCUUGCUGAUAUCUUUCCAACAGGCUGGCAUGGCGUGGAAAUCUCUGGCUUCAAAUCCGGAGAAAGCAUCGCGGUUUUCGGUGCUGGUCCCGUAGGUCUCAUGGCCGCGUACUCUGCCACCUUGCGCGGAGCGUCUCGCGUGUUCGUUGUCGACCGAGUCCCUGAGCGACUCGCUGCGGCUCAGAAGAUCGGCUGCAUUCCCAUUGACUUCACCACCGUGAAUACCGUGGAGGAGAUUAUCCGUCUGAACGGCGGAAUGGUCGAUCGGUCUGUCGAUGCGGUGGGUUACCAAGCUGUUGACAAGAGUGGUUCAUCAGAGAAGCCCAACAUUGUGCUGGAGAACAUGAUUAGUGUCACGCGGGCCUGUGGCGGCAUGGGGAUCCCGGGACUAUAUGUGCCUAGUGACCCAGGGGCUUCCGACGAGGCCUCCGCCAAGGGCGCCAUCAGUCUCAGCUUCGGAAAGCUCUUUGAAAAGGGAUUGUCGUUAGCCACGGGUCAAUGCAAUGUCAAGGCCUAUAACCGAUACCUGCGGGAUAUGAUUGUGGCCGGCAAGGCCAAGCCGAGCUUUGUGAUUUCCCAUGAGAUCGCGCUGGAUGAUGCCGAGAUUGCCUAUCACAAGUUCGACAAGAGGGAAGACGGGUACACCAAGGUCAUCAUCCAUCCCAAUGGCGGUUUU